UUUAAGAUCACAAUGCAAUGUUUAAUCUGUUAAUGCUUUUCUUACUUGUUAUAUAAUGUAAUGAUCCUUGAUCAGUCCAAUAAAGAGCCUAAUGUUGUCACCGUUUCUCCAGUAACAGUCAUGACUUCCUUCAGCUCAUCACUCUCUGGUGAGCUGCUCCAGUGCAAUAUAUGUCUGGAGGUGCUCACCGACCCAGUCACCACUUCAUGUGGACACAACUUCUGUAGCAUCUGUAUCGAGGCAUGCUGGGAGAGUGGGCAGCUCUUUAUGUGCCCUCUCUGUAAGGAAGACUUUGAAAGUAAACCAGAAUUGAAGAUAAAUGCAGCAUUUAAAAAGGUUGUUGACCGUUUCAAAGUGCAUCAACAGCCAAAGAAACUUCAACACCAAACAAAACAUUUUCAACAAAUUUUAUGUGAUGUCUGCCCUGAAAACACGCAAAGGGCAGUAAAGUCUUGUUUGCAUUGUGUAACAUCUUUCUGCGAGACUCACCUUGACCAUCACAAAACAGCACCAAGGCUCACAAGGCACAAACUGAUUAACCCCGUGGAGAACCUGGAAGAUUAUAUCUGCAGAAAACAUGAUAAACCACUGGAGAUGUUCUGCAGAGAUGAUCAGACAUGUCUGUGUCUUUUUUGCACUGAAACAGUACAUAAGACUCAUAACGCUGUUCCUAUAGAGGAAGAAAGUGGAUACAGGAAGAUUCAACUGGAAAAGACACAGGCAGAAAUCAAGGUGAUGAUCCAGGACAGACAUAAGAAGAUUAAGGAGAUAAAAAACGUAGAAAAGUCCAAUAAGAGCACCACAGAGAGAAAUAAAGCAAACAAAGUUGAGCUGUUCACUGCUCUGAUCCACUGCAUUGAGAGAUGUCAGUCUGAGGUGUUGGAAGGAAUGGAGCAGAAGCAGAAAGCAGAAGAGAAGCGGGCUGAAGAGUUUAUUAAAGAGCUGGAGCAGGAGAUCACUGAGCUGAAGAGAAGAGACACUGAGCUGGAGCAGCUCUCACACACUGAAGAUCACCUGCACCUCCUACAGGUCAGUGUUUACUCGUCUAUGUGCAGCCCUCCACAAGUCAAGACCUGGACGAACAUCAACAUUAACACUGAUCUACUGAACACAGAAAAUCUGGAGAAAGCUCUUACUUGCCUCAAGGAAAAAGUCAACAAGGAACUGGAAAAAGUCCAUGAGAUAAAUCUGAGCUCAAUACAGAAACUUUAUGCAGUGGAUGUGAUUUUGGAUCCUAACACAGCUCACCCCAAACUCAUCCUGUCUAAAGACGGAAAACAAGUGAGUCAUGGUGGAUCCUGGACAGAUGUUCCCAAUAACCCUGAGAGAUUUGACUCAUCUGCCUGUGUCCUGGGAAAGGAUGGGUUUUCCUGUGGGAGAUUUUACUUUGAGGUCCAAGUCAGUGAUAAGACUGAAUGGGAUUUAGGUAUGGCUCGAGAGUCUGUUAGGAGAAAGGGGAAAAUAAGAGUGUGCCCAGAGAAUGGACUUUGGUGUAUAUGGCUAAGGAAUGGGGGUGAAUAUAUGGCUAAUGAAUCCUGUCCUGUUUCCCUAUCCAUGAAAGACAAGCCCCAGAAAGUGGGGCUGUUUGUGGAUUAUGAGGAGGGUCUGGUCUCCUUCUACAAUGUGGAGACCAAGGCUCUUAUCUACUCCUUCACUGGUCAGUCUUUUACUGAGAAAAUCUAUCCAUUUUUAAGCCCUUGCAACAAAAGAGGUGAUGUGAACUCGAAGCCUCUGAUUAUCCCGAAGUCUAAUUAUGCAUAUAUGUUCCUAUAGAAAAUAAUACAACAACAUAAAGGCCAUUGUUUAGUGGACACACAAUUUUUAAUUCAAAAUUGAGGA